ACAUAUAAGAUAAGAUAUAUGUAUAAUGUCUGUGUUAUCUUAUAAUUCAUAUUCUCGAAAUUAUGUAAAUGAAUGACACCAAAUAACUUGAUUAAAAUAUAUCUAAAAGUGUACUUUACGUGAUUCAUUUUACCAUAUUCAGUGUUCCUUUAAACAACAGUUUCCACACAUUGCAGCAAAUAAAAAACAAGGACCAAAAGUGUAUUAUAGAUAACUGUGAGUAAUAUAUUUGUGUUACAAAUGUAUGUGGUAAUAAAUAAUCACACGGCUUAAAUUGGGAUUAAUUGCUCUAAUCAUAUCACUAAUCUGAAAAAAGAUAUCUUCCAAAUAUUCGUUAUCUUUAGGUAUUCCGGGAUAAUAGAUAUUUUAAAGUACAAUUGGACAUCAAUAACGAAACAGCUCUUCAAUAUUUCAAGUGUGUAAUAACAGUAAUCAGUCUCCUGUUUAACUAGUAAGGUACUUAUUCAAGUAAAUUUUAAUAAUAAAGAUGGAUAAGAAGGACAUAGGAGUUUUACAACAGACAUUAGUUCCUAAUAUUCAAAAUGAAGAGGUACCUGCGAAAAAGUUGCUUCAAUAUAUAGCCAGUUUAUCAUCAACUAUUGGAGCUAUAGCAGUUGGCAUGGUAUUGUCAUGGACUAAUUCUGCUGGCACCGAUGGAGCAUCAAUACAAGCUCUAUAUGGGAUAGAAAUUUCUCCAUCUGAAUUUUCAUGGAUUAGUUCAUUAAGUACACUUGGAUCAGGAAUAAUGUGUAUUUUUAUAGGAUUUCUUACUGAUUUUAUGGGAAGGAAAUAUGCAAUGCUUCUGAUGGUGGUACCUUUUACUGUAGGUUGGCUGCUUAUAAUUUUUGCCAACUCUGUAAUUAUGCUUUGUAUUGGUAGAUUCAUUUCUGGUCUUAGUGCUGGAGCUUUUUGCAUAGCUGCACCUAUGUACUCAGCAGAAAUUGCUGAAGUUAAGAUUCGUGGUCGUUUAGGGUCUUAUUUUCAAAUGUGUCUAGGUGUAGGCACUUUAUUUACUUAUAUUUUCGGAACUUUUGUGAAUAUACGUGUACUAUCUAUUAUAUCUGCUAUUGUACCGUUUAUAUUUUUUGGAAUUUUCAUGUUCAUGCCAGAGUCACCUAUCUAUUAUUUGAAAAAAGGUAAUGACGAUGCUGCGCGAAAAAGUUUAACUAAACUACGUGGCAAGCAAUACAAUGUAGAGAAUGAAUUACAACAUCACAGAGAGGCAUUAGAAGAAAAUGCUAGAACAAAAGCUCCAUUUCUCGUCGUACUUAAAUCUAAAGCUACUUUGAAAGGUUUCAUAAUAACUUAUGGCCUCAUGUUGUUUCAACAAUUAAGUGGAAUAAAUGUUAUUGUCUUUUAUAUUAAUAGCAUUUUUUCACAAACUCAGAGUGUUAUAAAUGCCAAUAAUUCUACAAUUAUUUUAGGCGUAAUACAAUUAACAGCUGUUUUUGUAAGCACAAUGGUUGUAGAUCGUUUAGGUAGAAAAAUAUUAUUACUAUUAUCCUCAAUACUGAUGUGUCUAACAAUGGCUGCUCUUGGAGUGUAUUUUUAUCUUUCAGAAAAUGGAGAGAAUGUUGAUGCAAUUAGUUGGUUACCUUUAGUAUCUGUAUGCAUCUAUUGUACUUCGUUUAGUCUUGGUUUUGGUCCUGUUCCAUGGAUGAUGCUAGGUGAAAUAUUUGCACCAGAAGUAAAAGCUAUGGCUUCAAGUAGUGUUGGUUUUUUAAGCUGGAUAUUAGCUUUCAUUGUAAUUAAAUUUUACAAUAAUAUUAAAACAGAAAUUAAUACUGGUCCCACAUUUUGGAUGUUCUCUGCAAUGUGUAUUCUUGCAGCUUUAUUUGUGUAUUUCAUAGUUCCUGAAACAAAAGGUAAAUCCUUGGUAGCCAUUCAAAGGGAACUGAAUAAAUGAUGAUUACUAUUA